CUCGCAUCCUAUUGCCAUCAUCAUAAAUCCGCACUUCGGUUUAAUUUGGUCGUCUAAACCUUCUGUUGUUCAAGCUCUCUGGCCGGCGGCGGCCAUGGCAUCGUUGAGCUUUGCCUCGUCCCAUGCGUCCCUCUUCUGUUGCCAACAAUCCUCCAGUGCAAUCAUCCUUCGACCAGCUGGAGCACUGCUGCGGCUGUCCCGGAGGCAACCGUCGUCGCAUACCAUUUCCACCACCGACCAACUGUUCCCGCGGCGGUCACGCAUGCCGCGGAACGUGGAUACGCAUGCCGCCGCGGAACGCAACUCUCCCAGCACAAUGAGCAGUCUGGAAGCGGUGGACGAGCUGGAGACGAACGGCGACAGCGCGGUCGUCGUCGUCAGGGAGCAGCAGCAGCAGCAGCACCUGCUGAUGGGCGCCACCGACGACGGCUUACCGCCGUCGCCGUACGACACGGCAUGGGUGGCGAUGGUGCCGGCGCCGGGUAACCCACUGGUGCCCCGCUUCCCGCAGUGCGUGGACUGGAUCCUGCAGAACCAGCGCAGCGACGGGUCGUGGGGGCCCGACGGCGGCUCCGGCGACCACCCGUCGUCGCCGCUGGGCAAGGACGCGCUCAUGUCCACUCUGGCGUGCGUCCUUGCGCUCAAGACGUGGGACGCCGGCGAGGAGCACGUCAGGAAAGGGCUCUCUUUCGUCGGGAACAACUCGCCGUCGUGCGUGAUGACGGGUGACGAGCGCGACGCGCCGGUAGGGUUCAGCGUCAUCUUCCCCGGCAUGCUCGCCCGUGCCAUCGACAUGGGGUUAGACAUCCCAAUGAUGACGCAAGCCAACGUCGACGCCUUCAUCCGACUGCGUGACACGGAGCUAAACAGGAUGGCGGCCACCACCGGAAGUAAAGCUUUCAUGUCAUACGUAGCAGAAGGCUUGGGAGAUGUACUGGACUGGGAUGAAGCUGCUAUGGUGUACCAAAGGCAAAACGGGUCAUUCUUCAACUCACCGGCCACAACUGCCGCGGCUGCGAUCCACGGCAACAACGACCGAGCGCUCCGCUACUUGGAUUCCCUCGUCAACAUGUUUGGCAGCUCAGUGCCAACUGUGUAUCCCCGGAGCACGUACUCUCGUCUCCACAUGGUGGAUACACUGCAAAAGAUGGGCCUCUCUCGAAGCUUUGUCUCUGAGAUAAACGAAAUGCUUGACAUGACAUAUAGGUCCUGGUUGGCCAACGACGACGAGGAGAUGAUGCUGGACAUGUCGACGUGCGCCAUGGCGUUCCGCCUCCUGCGUAUGCACGGAUACGACGUCUCUUCUGAUGGGCUAGCUCAGUUCAGCAGUGAGUCCAGCUUCCGCGAUUCCGUCCAUGGCCAGGCAAACGAUACCGAGGCAUUGCUGGAGCUGUACAAAGCGUCGCAGAUUCAGAUCACGGAGGACGAGCUCGUCUUGGUAGACAUUCGUUCUUGGUCAGCUAAACUACUGAAGGAACAGCUUGGUUCCGACAAGGUAUCAAGAUCAGUAGACGCCCAAGAGGUGCAGCAAGUUCUCAAGUUUCCCUUCUACACCACCCUAGACCGGCUGGAACACAGGAGGCACAUAGAGCAAUUCAAGGCAGGGGGCUUCCACAUGCUAAAGUCAGCCUACCGCUUUUGCAAGGAAGACGAAGAGCUUGUAUCGCUUGCUGUCCAAGGGUUCCAUUCCUCCCAGGCAUUGUACCAACAGGAGCUCCAGUUCCUCACGAGGUGGGCGAAAGAAGCGAGACUGCAUGACCUCGAGUUUGCACGAAUCAUGCCGAUGAACACGUUCUUCCCAAACGCCGCACUCAUGUAUGCCCCUGAACUAUCCGAGGCUCGCAUCCUGUGCACCAAGAAUUGCAUGCUGGCCACCGCAGUCGACGACCUGUUCGACGUCGGCGGAUCAAGGGAAGAGAUGGAGAACCUCGUCAGGCUGAUCGACAUGUGGGACGAGCACGAAGAGGUUGGCUUCUGCUCUGAGCGCGUAGAGAUUCUCUUCCGCGCCAUUUACGACACGAGCAAGGAGCUCGCAGCCAAGGCCAUGGCGGUGCAGAACCGCAGCGUCAUCAACCACGUCGCCGAGCUCUGGGCGGAUCUGGUGAGGGCCAUGAUGACCGAGGCGGAAUGGAGCAUGCGCGGACACGUGCCGUCGUCGAUGGAGGAGUACAUGCAGGUCGCGGAGACGUCGUUUGCUCUGGGCCCGAUCGUCCUCAUGCCCCUCUACCUCAUCGGCCCGGAGCUCCCGGAGGCCGUGGUCCGGUGCCCCGAGUACAAGCAGCUGUUCCACCACAUGAACGUCUGUGGGCGCCUGCUGAACGACCUCCAGUCGUACGAGAGGGAGGCGAAGCAAGGGAAGAUCAACAGCGUCCUCCUUGUAGCCCCUCGGCACGGUGGCUCCAUCGAGGCCGCCAAGAGCGAGGUGAGGCGCGCCAUCGAGGCCUCCCGGAGGGAGCUGCUGAGGAUGCUGGUCGCCGAGGCGGACGCCACGGUACCCCGGCCCUUCAGGCAGGAGUUCUGGAACAUGUGCAAGAUGGUCCACCUGUUCUACAUGGAGGACGACUGCUACUCGUCGCCCAAGGAGCUGGUGCACGCGGCCAACAUGGUGGUUUUCGAUCCGCUGCGGGUCAGGGAACUUUGACUCCCCCAGGGACCGCUGAAUUCGGCCAUGAGGUAUUUCGUAGUGUUAAGAUAAAGGAUUGAUCAACUCGAUAUAUAUAUGUGUGUAAUCCUAAAGACUAUAUAUAUAUGUAUAUAUAAACGUACGGUGUACAUAUAUAGGU